AUGACUGUCCCUCUCACCAAGGUUGAUUCGGCCAUCGCCGAGGUCAAGGCCCCCAAGAAGAAGGAGGAGAAGGGCCACCGACGUGCCUCAUCAACGGCAGAGGGUGUAUGGAACAUCAAGGACCUAGAGGAAAAGAAGAUCGAAAUCACUCUCCCCAUCGAAACGCAAAAAACAGGAUGGAAGCUCAACACGUCACCAUCAACGAUUGAGGACAAGGACAUCCUCAAGAUGCACCUCGUCAACCCUCCCGUCAAGAGGAUCGACCUGCACUUCCCACUGGGUCUGGAAGUCACCGCCCGGAAUUCAAAGGGUGUCACGAUCAAGGACGCACUAGAUGCCAUCCACAAGCAAUUCAAGAAGAAGGCCGAUGACGAACUAGAGAAGCCCUACCUCGCCGGCUUCGAGUGGGACAAGGAGGAGUGCUGGACACGCCUCAUCGUCCACCAGACCCACACCAGCACGAUCCCCAAAGAACCCUCCAGCAAGAAGUCCAAGAAGAAGAACAAGGACGAGGCAUAG